AUGGCGGCAGAUACUCCGGAUGCGAUUACUCUCAAUUCAUGGGAAGAUGCGUUUAAGUACCCUGUUCCUACAGUAAGGCGCCUGGAGCAGGAACUCCGCAGAGAUGCUGAAAGCAAUCGGGACAAGCUCAGGUCCCUUGUUGGAGUUAAAUACCGGGAUCUGCUCGAAACUGCGCAAACAAUCGUGGAUAUGAAUACAGAUAUACAACAAGUCGAGUCUACUUUAUCUAGUAUCGGGAGGCGAUGCAAUCCACGAUCAAUAGCGAGGAAGAACGACCAUAUCUAUGAAUCGAAUAAUGAUGAUUUCAAGUCUGGCAAGAGAAGUGCGCAUGGAGCUGAUCUUCGAGAUACAUGCAAUCGGGCUAACGUCAUAAUAGAUGAUGGACGACAACUUAAGGCCCACCUAUGCCUUUUGCGAAGCUGCACAAACUCGAUUGUGAAAAUAAUACGGGAGCGUGGCUCCGUAGUUCUCGCUGCGAAACUACUAGUCGUUUCGAGACUCCUAUUGAAGGCACUUUCACACAACGAAAAUGCUCCCCCGUUCGUGAAUAGUUUAAAGAAGAAUUUGGCUUCUCUCAGGGCGACGUUGCUCAGCCGAAUUAAGCUACGCUUGUCUGCUGCCAGUAUAACCACUGAUAAACUUGUGCAGGCAUUAUGUGCAUUUUGUCUGGCCACUAGCUCCUCCUCCAAUGACGCUAUACGGCAUUUCUGCGAUGUGCGUAAAAACGCAAUUGGAGAACAAAUUACAGAAAACAUACAUAGCGACGGUGUAUUGAUUGCCUUAAAGCUAUAUUUGCAAACUUUACGACAAACUGAUCAUCUCCUCAACGGUCCCCUCUCGGCAGCGUUAGAGAAAUUGACAACUCAGCCCCUCCUCGCUGACCCCGAGAUUUUAUGGUUAGGGGAACUCAACAUGGAUCUUUUAAAGCCCUGGAUUCUGGAGGACAUUCGGCAUUUCACUCCAUGGAUCAAGUAUAAUGAUAUACCCAAGUCAGAAAGGAGCACCCAACUAAAAACAUGGUCUAAGAACACAUUCAAGCUAUUCUCCUCGCAAGCGAAACUAAAACUAGAGGCAUUUAAAAACUUUGAGGAUAUCUUGGAUUUGCGAAAAAAGCUGCUCGAAUCGUGGCUGCUUGUUCAGUCUUCAACCCCAACCCAUUCGAAUCUGGAAGUGUUAGAAGGUUUACGAGACAUCAUAAACCACCAGCUAAUUUUGAUUCUUCAAGGCCAAUCUGAAGGCAUAGCUAACCUCGGGAGCGAAAUUACGUCAGCUAUAAGCUGCUUUCCAACAGGGGAAAGUGGUAAUAACAGGAAUUCGUUAUGGGAUCCGAAACUUGCGUCAGUUGACUUCUCGGAAGGUGCUAAAAGCUUCAAGAAUGAGGUUGUCAAUAGAUCGCUAGGCCGAGGAACUGAAUCUUUAAGACUAUUGGAUUCGUACCAGACCUGGCUUCGAGCUGUCGAAGCUAGAACUUCUUUAAUUCAUGGAAUGAAAGCUGAUAACUGGGAGGAUAUUGUGGAAGAUGAUAGCGAUGAAGAUGUCAUCGACCAUAUAUAUGGAUGCUUAACAGAGGACGAUCCAGCUCUUUUGCAAGAAGAACAUCAAAAGUCUCUGACGAAAGGAUUUAAGGGACUCCAAGCUGCUUUAGCUGACGUUAUAAACUUGUUUUCCGAAUCGCAUAAGGCUUUGAAAGCCGUUUUUCUUCUACGCAUGAUUCGCGAGAUUCGAAACAAGAUCCCAAGCAAACUGCUGGAUGGAGAACAACUACACUUUGCUCAGAAUAUGACGCCGGAAUUACAUACCAUCAUUGCAACAGAUAUUGUGACCCAACUCUCUACAUAUAUAACAAAGUUGAAGCCUUUCAAGAACUUUCUUAGGUGUUCCGGCAGAACCCUAUGGGAGGGCAAGCCCGAGCUUCCAGUUCAGCCCUCUCCGGCUGCAUUCAAACUGCUUCGGAAGCUUGAAGUUUCAAUGGAAGACCUAGGCCCAGAUUUAUGGAACCCUACUGCUCUUUCUGUCUUGAAAGCCGAAUUUCAGAGAGCGAUCAACAAGCUUCUUGAAGAUAGCCACGCGAAAGAACUAGCCGAUUCGAAGACUACGUCUUCUGAGGAUGGAGUGACACAGCAAGAACAACAAACUGUUAGUGGAGAUGAUUCUAGUACUCAGCAGGACUGUAAAAUACAACUCCUGUUUGACCUGAUGUACUUGGAAAACGCAAUGAAAUCCAGCACUGCGACUCGGGAAAACUCCAUGACUAUCCAUACUGAAGCUUUGCAGGCGGAAGAUGAAACGAUGGAAACUCUCAGAAAAAGAUCGAUUGCAUAUUGGGAGCGGACCCGGCUUCUCUUUGGGCUGUUGGGCUGUUGA